AUGAAUUCGUCCUUUCCAGAGCAAUUUACGAGUGUUUUUGACUUCAAUACUUUUAAUAGCAUACAGAAUUUUGUCUGUCAGGAGAUUUUUACGACUAAUAAAUCACUGGUUGUUUCCGCUCCAACCGGUUCGGGAAAAACUGUAAUUUUUGAGCUGGCGAUUGUCAAGCAGUUGAAUGAUUACGAAACAUCGUCUCAAAAAGAUCCUUUCAUCAUAAUUUACAUCGCUCCAACGAAAGCUAUUUGUUCCCAAACUUUCAGUGAAUGGAAUAGAAAAUUUUCCAGGUUUUGCCUGAACUGUUUAACGUUAACCGGAGAUUCGGAGUUUGUGGACAUUCAGAACCUUGGUAGCCAGGUUUUACUCAUAACAACACCGGAAAAACUAAAUUCGACAGUUAAAACUUUCAGAGACUUAGCUAGUAUAUGGAACAAGUUGAAGCUAUGUUUUAUUGACGAAGUACAUUUAAUCGGAGAACAUGACAGGGGAUCAAUACUGGAAGUGCUUAUUACGAGAACUAAAAUGUUAGCCAGACCUCGGUUUAUAUGUGCUUGUGCUUCUUUAUCAAAUGUGCAAGAUAUUGCUCAAUGGUUAUCAGUGACAGAAGGGUCUGUUUCUUUCUUUUCAUUCGGAGAAGAGUUCAGAAUGUCACCACUCAGAAAAGUGGUACAUGGAUAUAUAAGACAGAAAAAUCAGUCUAUUUAUCAAUUUGAAGUAAAUUUAAACUACAAACUUCCUUAUCUUAUAAGUACAUAUUCUAGCAACAAGCCAGUGCUGAUUAAGUGGUGCUUGAACUCUGAGGCUGCCAGAAACCGAAAAUGUUAUUCUCAACAUACAAGGAACAUUCAUUUAAAAGAUUUUUUAUCAAAUGGUGUCGCAUAUCAUCAUGCUGGAAUGGAUGUUGAAGACCGAAGACUAGUUGAAGAUGCCUUUAGGUCAGGCUGCAUCUCGGUCUUGGCCUGUACUUCUACUUUGGCAAUGGGAGUUAAUUUACCAGCUCACUUGGUUAUUGUAAAGAACACAGAACAGGUGAUUGACGGUGAAAUGAUAGGCUAUAGUUCAACACAGUUAUCACAGAUGGUUGGAAGAGCAGGACGUCCACAGUUUGACAAUGAAGGAGUUGCAGUUAUUAUGACUACAGCUAAUCUCAAAGCCCAUUAUACAAAGCUGCUAAAUGAAUGUGAUGUAAUUAACAGUUGUUUAGAAUCACAUUUAACAGAACAUUUACUGUGUGAAAUUAUUUUGAGGACGGUAUAUGAUUUUGAUAGCACUUUGAAUUGGAUUAAAAACACGUUUUUCUACGUCCGAAUAACCAGAUGUCCUCAGUUCUAUGGCUUACCAGAAAACUGUGACAAUAUAUAUAUUGAUCAAUUUGUUCAGGAUCUUUGUAUUAAAGAAAUUGAACAUUUACAAAACUUAAAAUUAAUAAACUAUAAUUCAGAAAAUAAUCAAAUUAAUCCCACUGAUUUAAGUGAAAUAAUUUUUAAAAAUAAUCUGCAAUUAGAUACAUUUUUGAAAAUGUUUCAGUUAUCUGGUGAAGAAUCCGUUGAAGAUCUGCUUUAUUUCAUAGCCAGUUGCUCAGAGAUGAAUGAUAUCCGCCUGAGACAUUGUGAAAAGUCACUGCUUAAUAACAUAAGUAGAGCCAAAGGUCGAUCAAGCCUGAGAUUCCCGAUUCAUUCAAGAAUUAAAAAUGCUUCCUUAAAAGUUGUUUGUCUAAUACAAGCCCAGCUAGGUCAAGUUGCAAUAAACGAUUAUUCAUUGAAACAAGAAAGUGAGAAAAUAUUACAAUCAGCUUUGCGUAUUUUGAAUGGUUUAACUGGUUUGUUAUGGCUUUAUGACUGUCCAUCGAAUAUGUAUUCUAAAAAUCAUGAACGAAAUUCAGAUAACUCAACAAUCCCCUCAGUUGCAACGAAAUAUCCAUCUAUGUUGAGUGCAUUAGAAUUACGUAAAUCUGUUCAUUUUCGUCGUUGGUUAAAUUAUCCACUUAUAAAUUUAUAUGGUUCAUCUUUACUGACUGAAAUGCAAAUUGAAAAAUUAAUUGGAGCUAAACUUAUAACCUGUAACGCCAUUCAACAGACUGAAUCUAGAAAAUUAGAACAUAUUCUUAAUGAAGCACCACCGUAUGGAAGAAAACUGCUUGAAUAUUUAGAUAGUAUUCCUAAAUAUGAACUAGAAGUAGAACAAAAGUCUGGUUACGACUCAACAAAUAUUGGACUGAUAUUUACCAUUACCCAAAAGAAUAACUGUAGAGAUUGUGCAGUUUUAUUAGUAGGAAGUGCAAAAAAAUAUCUAGUUAGAAAAUGGCUACUUGAAUAUAGAAACUCGGAUGAAACUAGCGUUAUUACAAGACAAUUGGAACUUCCGAAUGAUGAAGCGUUGAACCCAUUAAGUAUAAGCUUGAUUAGUGUAAAUUAUGGAGGUGUGGAUCUCCAUACGAAAUAUCACUUUAUUUCCUUAUCAAAUAAGUAUGAUAGACCAACUUCAACUCCGAACAUAUCAACCAAAGAUUUCAUUCAAAAUAAAUUAUCGAUUGGUUACACAGAAUUGAUCACACAACAACGUCACUCACCAAAAAGAAAUACUGACAACACUAAUGGUAAUAAUGAACUAAAUUUAUGGCCAGAGCCUACUUCAUCAUUCAUAAAUAAUAUAAACAGAUCGAAUGAUAAAAAUAAUAACGAUACCUUUUUGAAUUUAAAACUGCCUUUAACUCCAAUCGUCAAUAAAGCAAAACAAUCAAGUAAGCAAAAUUUGAAAUUAAAGAAAUGUACAAUGAAUAUUCAAACUUUACGAAAUCAAAAAGAAAUACAUUACAAAACACCACUUACAUUCAGAUGGACGCCGAUAAGUGAUACGAAUGAACAACAGUCACCUAAAACUCCCUUAUUACAAACAUCUAUACUUGAUUAUGUGCGGAGUAAAUGUAAGGAUUCAAGAUUAACUCUUUCAACAUACAAACAGACAACGAAAGUAAAGAAUUAUUCUAUAUCAGAAUCAUCUGAUAAUGAUGAACCUUCAAUUCAGAAAAUAAGUCGUAAACGAUUUAAAUGGGAUCCAGAGGAUAAAAUUGCAAUGGAUAUAGAUUUGAGUCAGAGUUCAACGUUCACCCUUACACCUGUAUUAGAUGGAUGCAGUUAUACAAAAGAAACACCAACAAUUCCUUAUAUAUUAUUAAAAGAUAAUACACCUGAUUUAUCCUCCAUACAAAGAUCAUUUAUUAACCACGAUCUCCUUUGUGCGUCAUGUCCACCUAUAUGUGAUGGAUCUUCGAAAUUAAGAUACUUAUCUAAGAAUUCAGUAAACUUAGAAUCAAUGCAAAAUCAAAACUCAUCAUUAUAUUCGAAUAUCAAACAGGAAGCUGAAUUAAGAUCUGAUUGUUCGAUCAAAUCCGACUGCCUAAAUAAUAACUACAACAUAAAUCACAUGCAUGACGAGGAAUCAGUUAAAUACGACAACGAUCAAAUUUCAACACCGAUAAAAAUGGUGCAAUACAGGCCUGAUUGUACAACGAAAGCAAAAUUCAACGAACAUGAUACAGUUGUAUUAACUGAUCUAUCAAAAUCUAAUUUUCCACUUCAACCGUAUACGGUAGAUAUUGCAAACUGUACUCCUCAUCGAGAAGAAAAUUCUACUACUGUUAUGACAGAAAUAGAAUCAAAUUUUGGCAAUACUGGAAAUUCAACUCUUGAAAUUUUGGAAUUAAAUGAAAAAAGUUUUAAUAAACCUAAAGAUUUGAAAGUUUUAAAAUCAGUUCAAAAUAAUCAAUCUAGAAAGAUGAAUGAAUGUACACUACAAUUACAAAAGAAAAUAACAUGGUCAAAAGAUAUCACUGUCAGCAAUGCGAUUCAGAAAAAACAGAAAAACCAAUGGAAAAAUGAAAAUGAUCAAUUAUUAUACGAAUUAGAAAAAUCAUUUUCGGUUGAUUAUCAACUAAUUAACGACGGAUGGUGUGAAUUGGCAUGUUUAAUCAAAUUUUCUGAAUUAGGUCUACUUCACGAACAAAUAAAGCCUAACUCCAUAUCCACAGGGACAGAAACUCCUCAACCUUCUUGCUCCGAAAUGCAACUCAAAUAUGAAAAGCAUAAAGAGGAAAAGCGAGUGUACAAUACAAACAUACCGAACAGUGCACCAACUACAUUAGCUCUUAAACAAACUGGAAUUGGAAUAUUGGAUUUAUCUCUAACUCCUGAUUCAUACAUUAAAGAAGAAUGA